UGACUGUGGUGUACUCUGAAAGUGACGAGGAAGAUGGUGAGGUGGCCAUGGAGGAGGAGGAAAAGGAGGAGGAAGAAGAUGAAGAAGAGAAAGAGGAGGAGGAAGGGGAGGAGGAGGAGAGACAAAAAGAAAAAAUAAAGCAUGAACAAGAACAACACGGAUAUAACAACAACAACAACAACAACACACACAUCCCACAACCCCAAGCCCUUAUCUCGAGUCCUGCCGUUCCUCCCAUCCCCCCCGCAGGACUCUACAUCCUGCAGGACCCCCUCUACAGCACCCUGAGGGACCUUUGGGAACACCACAUCCCCGUGCAGGAGGUCACCAGCGAGGACCUGAAAGAUCUCAAUAUAUCGAAGGACUCUUUGCAGGAUCUCUCUUUGAGACGCAUUGGGGAUGCAGACUCGACCCUUAGCUCUCCUGGGGCAUAUUCUACGUUCCCUGGUCCCCCGUGGCUCCCUAUGAGGUGAAUCUACCCAUAGGAACCCUUGGUGAUGAAGGAUACCUGCAGGAUAUCACCUUGAAGGAUCUCUACACGUCUCUAGGAAGCUACAAUCACACAUACACCGUUGACGAGUUACUUCAGGCGUCCUCCAGUGCUGCUAUGAGUCCUGCAGUGAAGGAUCUCCCCCUGAUGGACCCCAUAGGAUCUUCCCAGGCAGAGAACAGCGUGGUGAGAGUGACGCCCUUUCCCUUCGUGGUGAACAGAGACGGCACAGGGAACUUACUCCUUCAGAAUCCUUACGACCAGCAGUACGUGGUGUUGGGGAUACGGCCCGCCCCUGCAGAUCCUUCGCCCAUCACGCCCACGCAGACCCAGACGCAGGACUCCCACUACAAGACGAUAAGGAUACGGCUGCUGGAUGGCGGGGAGGCACUGGAUGACGGGGAGGCACAGACACCACAGCAAACACCACAGCAAACACCACAGCAGCCUGUCUUCACACUGCACACACCACACCAUCCCACACACACCGAAUACACCACUAUCACACUCCAGGCACCACAGCGCACACCACAGCACACGCCACAACAGCCUAUCCUGACGCUACAGCCACCACAGCACAAGGAAAAGCCAAAUUACACCACUAUCAGGCUGCACGCGCCACAGCAGACCCCGCAGCAAGACGUGACUCUCAACACACAGCUUUUCUACACCCCAGGAAAACACAGCAACCCACAGCAUCCUUCGGGACCAUCGCAGCACUCCUCGGUCCCUUCACAGCAAUCUCUAGAGAACUCACAGCAUUCUCAGGUCCAUUCACAGCACGUAGGACUUUCACAGCAUCAUUCAGGACCUUCACAGCAUCUUUCAGGAGCCACACAACAUCAUUCUGGGCCACCACAGCAUCUAGUUCCCCCACAGUAUGCUUCAGGACACUCACAGCACAGCCACACUCCUCCCCCUCGUCCUGCUCCCUCUCAUCCUCCCCACCGCAGCCUCAGACCCACCCAGGCCAUGUCCUUCUUCCCCAUAUCCUCCAGCCUCCCCGCCAUCUCCCUAGGAAGUCCUCAGCUCGCCCACAAGAGGUUCGCCACCCACCUGAAUCCUUCGGAAUCCACGGGCGGCGUCCAGAAUGGCGAGGAACUACAUACUUCCUUCGCUGUCAUCCACGAAGGAUCGCCGCAGUUCACGCAGGAUAUGGAAGGCAUAUCCUACGCAGGCCAAAGUGACUUUACAGGACCCGUGUCAGGCAUCGCGGUGCCCCAAGGCGAGGAGUCCUACAGCGGAGCCCUCGGUGAGAACACGAAGGGCGGGAACAAAGGCGGCGGCAAGGGGGCAAUAUUGCACGGGGUGCUUCGAGGCCUGAAGGGUCAGAUGAACAAAGGACUCCACAGCAUCCGCGGCCAGGUCAGCAAGGGACUGCAGGGACUCCUGAAGCAGGGCGGCAUCAAGGACCUGCGGGACAAGCUGCAGGAAGGUGAACUGUCCAGCCUGAUGAGCAGCAGCGUGCAGAAGGUCACCAACAAGCUCAACAGACUGGUGGGACCCUGGCACAACCAGAUGGAGACGUCCUUCACGUCCACCAUGGACGACCUGCGGGACUUCUACGACACGAUGCUUCCCGGAGACUACUUCGAAAAGGUCCUCACGGUGCUGGCCCUCAUCGCCUUCAUCGCCUUCGUGCACGUCCGGGUGUCACUCAUGGUCUCGUCUCUCUCGCAGUCCUCGGUGACCAUCGGCCUGCUCAGACACGUGCAGGACCUGCUGGCCACCUGGCGGGAGGACGAAAGGUUCUCAGGAGUGUUUGAGUUCGCCGCCAGCGUGCACGAGGCUAUCGAGGACUGGACGCAGGCUCAGCUGGACUCCUCAGCCUCUAUGCCCUCCAAGUCACUGCUCCACUCCUUCACCAGCUUCCUCUCACCGCGGGGCGAGGUGGCGGACAGUGACGAGGGCAGUGACAAGGACAGUGAGGGCAGUAAUGACAGCACUAGCUUCUUCGACCAAAUGUUCUUCAAGAAAGCCUUGUUCCUGGACACUGACCACGAGAACAGCGCAUCACCCAACACCAACACCACCACCACCACCACCACCUUCACCAACCAUUCCUCCUUCCACUACGAGGCACUGCACGCCCCCACAGACACACACUACGCCUUGGGGAACAUGGCGGGGGCGCUGCUUGGCGAGGUGGAGGGCCUGGCUCGCUUGGGUGUGUCUCUGGUGAACGCCGCCCUUCACUUGAGUCCCCACACCUGGUCCCCGUCAGGCGCCUCGUGUCUGCAGCGCCCCCUGUGUGACCUCAACCAGCAGAGCGACCAGAUGGGAGGACUCGCUGCCUUUGUCUUCCCCAUUGCCAGUACUGCAGUGUCCUGGAUGGUGCGCCCCCCGAAGGAUUCCCUGGACCUACUGGAGACUCUACGCCCCCUGUGGCUCUCAGGGAAGCACCAGCUGGGGGAGGGAUGCCAGCAGAUUCACACCUGCCCCGCCCCUCGCACCUGAGCACACCUGUCAUUAGCAAAGCCUGACGUUACCUUGCAUAUUCCGGGUCAUGUUUCAUUAGUGGCAGGAUUGAUAGGAUAAAUGUAGGAUAGGAUGUUGACUGACAGAUAGAUAGGCAGAUAGACUAAUAGAUAGAUAUAUUGGUGGAUAGACAGACAGAUGGACAAGUAGAUUAGACAGAUAGAUAAAGACACAGAGACAGAUAACUGAACAGACAAACA